AUGGAUCUGGCAGCCCAGCUCAACCAGGAGAGGGUCAACGCGCACGGGCGCGCUCGCUGCAGAGUGCAGAAGAACAGGGUCUCGGCCCCCGGGUCGGCAACGGCGACGUGGGAUGCUCACGCCGGUGAACUUGAGGACGAGCGGGCGCCGCGGCUCCGGGAACAUGGUGGGGCGGCGAGAUUCGACGCGAGGAAGAGGAUUUGGCCGGAGACGAUGGCUUGUCGAAGCAGGGGAGACUCGGGCAGCGCACGGGGUAGAGGAAGCAGAGGCCGCAACAGGCGAACUUGGUGGCAGCAGCAGGUCCAGCAGGGGUCACCGGGGCUUGGACGCGGGGCUCCGGUAAGGUUGGGGAGGCCCGGCGCGCGAGGAACGGCGCAGGGAAGGACGCCUGGGCACGGGUCCAUGGCGCGGGCACGGGACGCCAUGGUGGUUGCUGCUGUGCUGGUUGCCAGGCAGACGACGGCAGAGCACAGCGAAGAGGCCCGGAACGGGCAGGAGGCGGGGAUGGUGGGCGAGGAGGUGGAGCUCGGGCUCCUGCGGGAUUUGAGCGUCGGCGGUCGUUGA